AUGGGGUUCUUCGCUCAAACAUGGACUCUGACGAAGAAGAAUCUUCUAAUAGUCUUAGGACGGCAUUGGUUCACGACUACUGUCCGAGCAUUUCUGGCACCGAUUAUCUUCUUCUUUAUCAUUUCAUAUUGUAAAAACUUCUUCGUACCGCCUUCGGACUUUGGUGUGGGAUCUCCAGCUACCCUCCGGACAUUUGAGGAAGCCCUUCGAGCAGGUACAACUGGACGCAGUACUGUGGCUUUCGUUGCAAAUGGCCAAGCUUCCGAGGUCACAAACAUAAUUAACCAAUUGUCGAACACUGUUAGAGCAAGUGGCAAAACGCCCGUCACGCUGUCUAACGAAGUUGAGCUGUUGCAGACGUGCAAAAGCUCUGUACGCGGAGUCUCUGGCUGCUUUGCUGCAGUGGAAUUCCAUGGAUCGCCUAGUAAUGGUGGUGUCUGGAACUACACGAUUCGGACUGAUGGAUCUCUUGGUGAAAGGAUCUUCGUGAAUACUGAAGACAACGAUGCACAGAUAUAUGCUCUACCUCUACAACAUGCGGUGGACGCACUCAUUGCCUCUUCGCAAGGCUCAUCAAUUCCUCUUCCUCAGCAAUAUCCUUACACUGAUUCGACCCCUGAAGAACGGGAGAGGAACAUUACACGGCUAUACAUGGGCACUCUGAUAGACAUUCUUGGUCUAGCCUACUUUAUCGGCUUUGUUGGUAUAUGCUACCAAUUGACAGGCCAGAUGGCUACAGAGCGCGAAAUCGGAAUGUCUCAGCUGAUCGAAGCGAUGAUGCCGAACCAGCGCAGAUGGCAACCACAAGUCGCUCGUUUACUCUCCAGUCAUCUUGCCUUUGACAUACUUUACCUGCCAGGCUGGGUUAUAUCUGGUGCAAUUGUUACCAGGCUCAAUUAUCCUUCCUCCGAAAGUGGAAUCCUGAUAGGUUACUUCAUCAUCGCGGGACUUGCUUUGAGCUCUUGGUCCAUCGCUUUCGCCAGUUUAUUCCGAAAGGCUCAGCUUUCUGGCAUCACUGUCACUAUAGUGAGCAUAGUUCUGGCCAUUGUUGUGCAGGUCCAGACGCCCAAGUCAACUGGUGCGAUUGUCGUCUUGUCCUUGUUAUUCCCACCGAUGAACUUCACACUGUUCAUCAUCUACAUGGCAUAUUGGCAACGCCACAACCUGGCUGCUGUUCUUUCGCAAGCACCUCCUGAAGCACCCUGGAGAGUUUCGGGAACUGUUUUCUUUGUGCUAUGUGCCAUACAAAUUCUGGUCUACCCCGUGGUUGGAGCGUUCAUAGAAAGAGCUCUAUAUGGUACCGCUUCGAAAGCCAGAAACAUGCACCACAGCGCAGAAAACGAGACUGCUCGUAUCACUAACAUCAAAAAGCAGUACAGUCCUGGCUGGUUUUAUACGAAAAUCUGGUCAAGGUUCAGCAAGAAACAAAGAGAGACUGUGCAUGCUGUCAAUGAUGUUAGCUUCACUAUCCGCGCUGGCGAGAUCCAUGUUCUCCUAGGAGCGAAUGGUGCAGGCAAAAGUACGAUGAUGGACCUUAUCGCUGGUCUUCAAUCACCUACAAGUGGAACUAUUGAUAUCAACGGCUCAGGAGGUGUCGGCAUUUGUCCACAGAAGAACGUGCUCUGGGACAAACUCACUUGCGAAGAGCAUGUCUAUUACUUCAAUCAACUCAAGGCAGAAGGACAAAAGGGAAAUAGCUCAGAUCAUCAGGAACUCCUCACGAAAUGUGAUCUCGCUCACAAAAUUUCUGCUCGCUCUGAGACUUUGUCAGGCGGACAGAAGAGAAAGCUGCAGCUUGCGAUGAUGCUGACAGGAGGUAGCAACCUUUGCUUGGUCGAUGAAGUGAGUUCGGGGAUUGAUCCUCUUUCACGUAGAAAGGUUUGGGAUAUUCUGUUGGCUGAAAGAGGGCAUAGAGCCAUGCUCUUCACCACCCACUUCCUGGAUGAGGGAGACCUGCUCUCGGAUCACAUUACUAUUCUGUCGAAAGGCACGUUGGCUGCAAGUGGCACAGCUGUCGCCUUGAAGCAUGAACUUGGUGGUGGAUACCGCGUCAAGAUUUACAGCGAGUAUCAGUUCAAAGAGCCUCAGGACUGGUCUUCAAUACCUCGUCGUAACCACGCUGACCAUGUUGUGUACAACUUGCCUGAUUCCAGCGCUGCCGCUGUCUUUGUCACUCGCUUGGAACAACUUGGCGUUACAGACUACCGUGUCAGUGGACCUAGUAUCGAAGACGUGUUCCUAAAACUAUCGGCAGAGUUCAACAAUGAUCACACGCUCCACGACGACGCCACACCAUUGACAAAUGUGUCUUCUAUCCAAUCGGAAAAAGGCCUCGAGUUGGCCAAGGGUAGGAGAAUCUCGCUCGGUGCACAAACAUGGGUACUGUUCCGGAAACGUCUCACCAUAUUGCGUCGUAACUACUUGCCUUACAUGGCAGCUGUCCUGAUCCCGGUCAUCGCUGGUGGGCUUGUGACUCUCUUCCUGAAGGGCUUCAGUGCUCUAAGCUGUUCGCCUGAAGCAGCAAAUUCAAACGAGGAGAUAGUCUCCUUCGCAACACUCAACCACGUUCUUGACUUCCCAGCUGGCCCAGCCUCCCGGGUUCCCACCACACUUCUCGGCACCUUGUAUCCCGGGCUCGAGAAUGCUAUUGCCCCUGUCGCAAGUGUGGACGCGUUUAAUGAAUACGUACGAUCCAACUACAGUCGCGUUUACCCUGGAGGUUACUUUGACGCUCAAGACGGCACUCCUUUGUUUGCAUGGAGGGGCAAUUAUGAACUUGACUACGCAAUCUUGACUCAGAACGUUCUGGAUAGUAGCUUACUUGGAUCGCCUAUCAUCACAAGUUACCAAGCCUUUCAGGUACCCUGGGCCCCAUCAGCUGGAAAAACACUCCAAUUUAUCCUCUACUUCGGUUUGGCGAUGAGUGCUUACCCUGGCUUUUUUGCCCUGUACCCAACAAGCGAGCGCGUUGCCAAAGUACGAGCUCUGCACUACUCAAAUGGUAUUAGAGCCUUCCCGCUCUGGCUCGCAUACACUAUUUUCGACUUUAUGUUUGUGAUGAUUGUCAGCAUCGUUACGAUAGUCAUCUUUGUCGGUGUUUCCAGUGCUCUUUAUGCUCCCGGAACGCUAUUUGUUGUCUUCUUCUUGUACGGCCUGGCAGCUCUACUAUGCAGCUAUGUAAUCUCUCUGUUCGUUACCAGUCAGCUGGCAUCGUUCGCUUUCGCUGCGGGCAUGCAGUGUUGCUUCUUCCUGAUCUACUUCAUCGCUUACAUGGCAACCAUCACCUACGCCCCAACUGAAAAGAUUGAUUCCUGGACGACCAUUAUACAUUUCACGCUCGCUCUAAUUACUCCUUCGGGCAACCUGUUGCGUUCGCUUUUGCUUACGUUCAACGAAUUCUCGCUUCUUUGCCACGGAAACGAGCGCGCCUCAUAUGCAGGCGAUAUCACCGUCUACGGAGGGCCUAUUCUCUACCUGUUAGUCCAGUCUCUUCUCCUUCUCGGGUUCUUGGUCUACUAUGAUAGUGGAUAUAGACCUGCUUUCCUCAGCAGAAAGACUCGGUCUCACGAUGCUGAAGAGAGCGAAUAUGCUGACGAGGACGUCUAUCGCGAGGCGAUGCGCGUCGAUGACUGCGAGGACGAGUUGCGUGUAUGCAACAUCAGCAAAUCUUACGGAGACAACCUUGCUGUCGACCGUGUGGCCUUCGGUGUACCACGAGGUGAGAUCUUCGCAUUACUUGGACCUAAUGGCGCUGGCAAAUCGACCAGUAUUGGCCUGAUUCGCGGAGAUGUCCAUCCAAGCGCUGGAGAUGUCUUCCUCGAGAACGAGUCUAUCGUUAGGCAUCGUGCUGCUGCUCGAUUGCAUCAAGGUGUAUGCCCGCAAUUUGACGCCACGGAUGCUCUCACUGCGUCAGAACACCUCUACUUCUAUGCCAGAGCUCGUGGCGUUGCUGAUGUCGAGCACAAUGUGGAACAGGUCAUGAAUGCUGUUGGUCUUAGUGCCUUCAGGAAUCGUAUGGCAUCCAAACUCUCCGGCGGUAAUAAGCGUAAACUGUCCCUCGGUAUCGCGCUGAUUGGUAACCCUUCGGUACUUCUUGUCGACGAAGGAAGUUCUGGUAUGGAUGCUGGUGCAAAGCGAAUCAUGUGGCGCACUCUAUCCGCAGUAAGCGCUGGGCGCAGCUUAGUCUUGACAACGCACAGUCUCGAAGAAGCCGAUGCAUUGGGUGAUCGUGUUGGCAUCAUGGCCAGACGCAUGCUUGCUAUAGGCACCAGCGACUACCUACGUCGCAAACACGGUGAUGCUUACUACGUGCAUCUCGUCCACAAAGAUGCUCCUCAUACCCCUGAGGCCAAACUGGCCGAGAUCAAGAAUUGGAUCAGGAUCAACUUCCCUCUUGCCAGCAUUGAAGAUCGAUCUUUCCAUGGACAAAUUCGUUUUGAGGUGCCAAACCGGGCAGCAUCGAUUGAAGACGACACAAGCAGUUCUGUCGACGGCAAGAAAGGUGCCAAAGCGACAGUCACACCAACAGACCGCAAUGGUAUCAGUUCGCUGUUUGAGAAGCUAGAAGCGAGCAAAGAAGAAUUAGAGAUGGAGUUUUAUGCUGUCUCGCAGGCAACUCUCGAUCAAGUGUUCUUAAAUAUUGUAGGAAAGCACAAUGUCCAAGAGGAGGAUUAUCAGAAGGCUAGGAUGGCAACAGGGGCUUGGGGCAAGGCCAAGGCCUGGCUACGUAAGACCGCACAUGACGCCUAG